AGAUUUUCCAAUAGCUCAUCCAUGAAUGCCACAACGUUCAGUUUGUGAGGACGGACGAAACCGCUUCUCUGAGUGGUGUUGUGCUCUUACUCCAGAGCAGAAUGGGGUGGCUCUGGCUGUCCAGCUGCCUCCUGCUGAGUGUUUGGUGCCCUGUGGAAAUGAUGGACACGGAGUACGAGAAUGACUGGGAGUGGGGUUCUGGCCUUCACGAGCUCCUGUCCAACUUCCCCGCGGAUAGCCCCUUUGUGUCAGAGUCACCAGGGAGACCUGCCAACUGCACUCAGCGUUUUUGGCUGCCUCCGUCUUCUCCCGUUUGCUGGGACAACGUCGCGGGGCCAGAGGAGUUUGCACAAACCCGUCUCCUGGUGCUCCAGAAUCGUGCUGCUUUACAGGCGGUGCUCCGGGCCAGCGGCCUGGAGGAGGGGGGUGUUUCAUAUGACCAGCAAGCCAAGGAAGACAUGCAAGGUGUUAAGGAAGAUCACUUAAACGUGGUCGAGACCACAGAAACCGUGCAGAAGGUCUUCUCCUCUUUAGAGGAGAAAAGGAGGGAAGGCAAGGGGCACUGGUCAUUCUCCAGCUUAAAGGAGACACUUGCCAGGACAAAGGACUGGAUGAUUGGCAGAGAAAGUGCAGCGGUCCUCUUGGAGAAGCAGCUUUCCAGCCUGGAAAGGUCACUGCAUACCAUGCAGCUCCGGCUUGCCAAGCUCCUAGCUCACUGA